UGCGGCCACAUGACAUGAGAGCCCAUUUGCUUUAUUUGCCCUAACUACUAUAAACACUUUUGAGAUACAUAGCAGAGCAGCCUCUCUGUUUCUUCUUCUCUUCAUCGUUUCACUUGUUGCUUCCAAUCGGCGGCCUCUCUCUCUGUCGACCCUGCAUCGUAAUGGAGGCGGCUGUUGUAACUCAAACGAAUGUUGGUGCUGCUGCUAAUCAGGAGAAGGAUCAAUCUCAUUCCGAUGUCAAGCUCUUCAACAGAUGGGUCUUUGACGACAUUCAGAUCAGUGACAUGUCUGUAACAGAUUACAUUGCUGUGAAUCCUGUAAAGCACGCAACUUAUGUGCCUCACACAGCUGGAAGGUACUCAGUCAAGCGGUUUAGGAAAGCCCAGUGCCCAAUUGUGGAGAGGCUGACCAACUCUUUGAUGAUGCAUGGGCGAAACAAUGGUAAGAAGCUUAUGGCGGUCCGCAUUGUUAAGCAUGCAAUGGAAAUUAUCCAUCUGCUGACUGAUCUAAAUCCCAUUCAAAUCAUUGUUGAUGCUGUUAUCAACAGUGGACCAAGGGAAGAUGCAACCAGAAUUGGUUCUGCUGGUGUUGUGAGGCGUCAAGCUGUCGAUAUAUCUCCACUGCGCCGUGUUAAUCAGGCAAUUUAUCUUCUGACAACUGGUGCUCGUGAAAGUGCUUUCAGGAACAUAAAGACAAUAGCUGAAUGCCUAGCUGAUGAAUUAAUCAAUGCUGCCAAAGGGUCUUCCAACAGUUAUGCUAUCAAGAAGAAGGAUGAAAUUGAAAGGGUUGCAAAAGCCAAUCGUUGAGUUGUAGAGGAAAUCUUGCUGCAAUGGAGUUUGACAUUUGACAGUGCCUUCUACAGUUUUUAUUGGUUAGCUUUUUCAUUUUUGAGUCGGCGAAUAUUGUGAAGAAUAGUCUGAGGUUAUUAUUUAGAUUAUUAUCUAUUUUGAUGCUAUGUUUUGUUUUCUAAAACUUGUUUCCAUCAGUGUUGUGCGACUCUGAGGGACACACUUUAGAUUACUGUUCCAGUCAAUAUGCAUCAUAUUUUUUCCAUGAAUUCAUAUUUUUUUAAGUU